AUGGCGCAAGCCCAAUACAGCGCCGCGGACCGUCACUCCUCCGAUGAACAUCCCGAUCUCGAGGCUGGGCCGACCAAUUCUGAGGCUGCGCAGUCUCAAGCUCUGCCGCCAAAGCAGCCCGGCCUGGUCGACGACCGGCUGCAUCCCGCAUUCUACAUUGCUUUCUGGAUUGCCACCAGCUCGGGCGUCAUUCUCUUCAACAAAUGGGUUCUCGCCGCUGCCAACUUUCGCUUUCCUCUCUUCCUAACAACAUGGCACAUGACAUUUGCCGCCGCCAUGACCCAGCUCAUGGCUCGCUACACCACCUUGCUGGAUUCCAGGCACAACGUGCCCAUGGACCUUGAAACCUACAAGCGCGCCAUUCUUCCCAUCGUCAUCCUCUUCAGCCUCAGCUUGAUCGGAGGCAAUCUCGCCUAUCUCUACCUCAGCGUCUCCUUUAUCCAGAUGCUCAAGGCGUCCAACGCAGUCGUCACUCUCCUCGCCACCUGGGCCUUCAAGAUUGUUCCGCCCAACUUCAACGUCCUCGGAAACGUGUCCAUCAUCGUGUUUGGAGUCGUCAUCGCCUCACUUGGUGAGAUCAAGUUCCACUCCUUGGGCUUUCUAUUCCAAGUCUGCGGCAUCAUCUUCGAAGCCCUGCGCCUCGUCAUGGUCCAGAGACUCCUCAGCUCGCCCGAGUUCAAGAUGGACCCCAUGGUCUCGCUCUACUACUACGCCCCGGUCUGCGCUGCCAUCAACGGCGCCCUCAUGGCCGUCGUCGAGCUCCCGAGCAUGACGCUCGCCGAUUUUUCCCGCGUCGGCAUUCCGCUAUUCAUCGUCAAUGCCAUCGUUGCCUUUCUCCUCAACGUCUCUACCGUUCUCCUGAUUGGCAAGACCUCCGCUGUCGUCCUGACCAUGUCGGGCAUCCUGAAAGACAUCCUACUCGUCGUUUCGUCCAUGGUGCUCUUCGGCGAUCCCGUCACCGGUCAGCAAUUCAUCGGCUACUCCAUCGCCCUGGGCGGCCUGGUCUACUACAAGCUCGGCAGCGACACCCUCAAGGCGCUGGCCCAGGAAGCGACCUUGGCCGUCAACAACGUCCGGCAGAACCACCCUGCGAGGCUUCGAUACGCCAUCAUGGCUGGCGUUCUGUUUUUGGUCGUCUUUACGUGGCUGGCCUUGCGCGGUUCGGUACCGUGA